AUGGCUACUAGGUUUAUUUUGUUAUUGCUUCUAACGCUUGUUUUUGUCACUGAUGCUAGGAAGGUAGCAAUGAGCAAAAAGGAUGCAUUUCAUGAGGGUAAGACGUUCAACUUUGAUUACUUUCCUGGUUAUGACUUUGGCUCUGGAUUUGAUCAUGGUGCUGGUGCUGGCUUCGGUGGUGGGGGUGGAUUGGGAGGGUUUGGUGGUCGUGGAGGAGGAGGAGGAGGAGGAGGAGGAGGAGGAGGUGGUGGUGGUGGAGGUGGUGAAAAAGGUGGAGGAUUUGGUUUUGGAAGUGGAGCUGGAGGUGGAUUUGGGUCUGGAGUUGGAGGAUUUGGUGGUGGAGGUGGUGGUGGCGGCGGCGGCGGUGGCGGUGGUGGUGAUCCUUUUGGUGGCGGGAUAGGUGGUGGAGCUGGUGGAGGAGCUGGAGGAGGGGUUGGAGGAGGGGUUGGAGGUGCACAGCCUUGA